AUGUCACUUGUCCGGCAACGAGCUUCCUUUUUCGAGCAAACCCUUGCUCCUCAGAGGCUAGGACACCGCAGCAACUCGGGGCCCUCAUCACCGCCAUCAUCACCAUCUAAAACCUAUUCAUUUUCUUUUAAGAAUGAACCAAGUCUGGCCAAGGCGCAAUUCAGUCUCCCGAAACUACAGUCUUCUAGGCAGUCAAGUCCUCCUUUAUUGUUUCUUCCAACUCCGGAUCAGUCACGGCCGCAAAGUAGGCUUAAAGAGCUUUCACGUUUAGCUGAAGAGAAUGCGGUUCUUAUGGCUAAGGUUAAACUGCAAAUUGCCAAUGCUGAGGGGCAAAUAAAUAGGGUGAAAAGUGGGGUUGAAUAUUUAAAAAAUCGUGAUGAUGAAGAAAUUGAUUUUCAAAAAACAAGGAAACAGCCACGGCCACGGCCACGGCCACAGAAACGAGUAAAAAUUGAAGUUGGAGCAGGAUUACUUGAGUCAACUAGCCAUGAUCUUUUUGAGGCUCGCAAUUUUAACUUUCUCUUUAAGGAUAUGCUUGUACUAGGGCCUCAGGUGUUUUUGACCAAGUAUUUAGCUCCAUUUGGUUUUAGAGAAGCUCUUGAAGUUGUUGAAGAUCUUGUUCCUGGAGUUACAAGAGAAAAAAUGAGAGUUAAACCAUUUGUGCUUGUUUAUGAGAAUGAAAAUGACAAAUAUGGACUUUCAUUUGUAAUUGUAGCCUUGUGUUCAAGAAAAGAGAUUCUCAAGGUGUUUCCCAAAGACUGUGUGAAGUUUAUCUUUUCUAAAGGAACUGAAUCAUGGAAUGGAGGAUCUUACAAAGCUUGUCAAAAGAUUAUUGAUGAAUUUGUUUGGUUUCAACGACCAUUGCUUGAUGAGAUUUCUUUUUUCCAAUAUUCUCCAGAAAAAGAUCUUUCUAAUGAUGUUAUUUGUGAAAAUCUUAGAACUCUAUGUAGCAAAACUAUGGAAGAAGAAGAAAUCCCAGCUUAUGAAGACUUGAUUGAAGGAUUUCCCCCUAUAUUUUAG